CAGUGUGCAAGCAAGUCAAAUCUUAAGCUGGCUCAGUUUGCAGGAAGUGUGUUGUUUACCGUGUCAUGGAGGCGCACUCGCCACCAGGAAGGUGAGCUGAGAUACUGUUUUUGCAGAAAAUAACAAAGUACAGUACCUUGUAACCAUGGAUACCACCUUUGCAGUCAUGGCUUGCUGCCUUCUGGCAUGUCCUUUUGCUGUGGCACAAAAAGAUAAGGACAUAUCUGUACUAUCAACUCCCUUAAACCUCACUGGUACAGCAACGGUAACUCCACCUAACUCUACAGCAAAUGUAACUAUUAUCGCCAACUUGACUGAGAACACAACUCCAUUGGCUAACACAACCCAGAACAAUGCGACAACCUCUGCAACUGUAGCAGCUACAACUGAGAGUACAUCUGAGAGUCAUCCUCAGACUGUUCAGUCAACAAUCACAACUCCUCAAACAAGUCAGAUGCCUCAGACGACUGCAACUGGCACCAACACACCAACAUUGACAACACUGUUAACACUGGCACAGGAAACCACAGGAAGUCACAUAACUUCCCCUGCUACCACAGUUACAACGGCUGUUUCAUCCAACACCGUUAACACAACUUCAGAAUCAAUGCACAGAACCACACAAAGUUCUGGCCUUCGUGGUUCAGAAAUGAAUUUGACCAUUAUCUUCAGUGUUAUCCUUGGAGUGUUUGUCAUGGCACCGGUUGUGUUCAUGUUUCACAAAUGCAAACACAAAUUCCAGUACUUGCACCAACCUCUAACAAACAUCACUGAAUCAGAUACGUUUGGGGCAGAUGAUGACACACUUGUAAUUUCUGGAGGACUAUAUGAUGGCCAUCCAAUAUACGACAAUGUACCAACAGUUUCAGAGGAUCAAUCUCAGUUCCGCCUGGAGUUCCUUCAUUAAUAUGGAUGUACUUCU